AUGCGAGGGCGAGUAGACCUGUACGACGAGGAGACGAAGCUGUUGGUUGCGCGAAUUUUCGAAGACCCGGAGCAACGUUCAAUCGUGUGGGCUGGCGAAUUUGGUGGCCGGAUCCUGAUACAUGUCCGUUGUGCGGCUCUGCUGCGCUUCAACGAAGAGCAGACGGCAUUCGAGAUUUUCAGCAAGACCGCACAUUACGGGCACUGUGCUUCGACGUCGUCGGAAAAUUGGCUCGCUAUGCCAGACUUUGAGGAUUCAACGAGUCGCAUAAAACUCUGGAGGAAUCCGAAGGACGACGAAUGUUCGCAAGUACUAUCCUCCACCGGCGCCGAAAACUGGAUGCCAAUCUGCAUCCACCUCAGGGAGGAAUUGAAGGCCGUAUUCAUUGGCUGGGACAGCGGCUGCAUCGAUCGGGUUGACGCGGAAACAUCACAACAACUGGCCCGAAUAUCCCUCGGAGCCGAGCCGAUAUUUUCAAUGGUGGCGACGUCGAGGCGGCUUUUCUGCUCGACGUCGGCGCCACCGAUUCGUGUUUUGGACGUGGCGGAAGCCGGGCUGAAAUCAUGCGAACAACAAAUUGAUUACGCUGCAAGUGCCAAUGGUUGUUCGUGCCUUUCGCUUUCCCCAUCCGGCAAAACGGUGUACGCCUCUUUUUGGGAUGGCACCGUUCGAGCCUACACGACCGGCAAGCAUGGCAUUCUCUUCAGCAUCCAAGCCUGCGCUUACGACACCGUCCACACGAUAUGCUCACCACGGGAUCGCCAACUCUACACCGGGGAUGCCGAGGGAAUGGUGAAGAUGUGGCGAUUU